ACGGCACUCAACUCUUCGCAUUCCCUCUACACUUGUGAGGUGGCCCAGUGUACAUGCAGCAAUGGAGGAGCCUCUCUUGGGAGACUCCGUCAGGACGUCAUCAAAUGCGAUCGGAAGCGCCCGUGCUCCAAGUGCGCCAAGGCGGGAACUGAAUGUGUCCUCCAAGGCAUCGGAGAAAAGCAGCGCAGGCCGGUUUCAAAGAGCUAUGUCCAGGCUCUUGAGGGCCAGAUAGCCGCGCUGGAGCGAGUCAUUCACAAGCUUGCUCUGGCAGACGACGCGGAGCGCACUCAGAUCAUCUCGGAGAUGUCGCUGACCUCAUCAGCUCAUGAUGCGGCUCUGGCGGAAGGCGGGCAAGUCGACAUCAAGACGGACCCGAGCGUUGCUGCUGCUCGAAAGAUGAUGUCGAGAUUUUUCCAAGAGGUCUACCCGUACAACAUGGUUCUCUAUCGCGAGUAUUUCCUGAGAGACUAUGAUGUCGGGUCGGGGAAAUACUAUUCAGACGUCUUGCUCUAUGCCGUCUGUGCUCUAGGAGCUCUUCAAUACGAUGACAUGCUCAACGUUUCCGAGAUCUUUUCAGGCCAAGCCCAGGCCCUUCUUUAUCCUACCCUUGAUAGCCCCGACCUUACAACCCUUCAAGCUCUCGUUCUACUUGGAUACCAUGAGAUUGCUGUGGGACGGGCAUCCAAAGGCUGGCUGUUCUGCGGCAUGGCUUUUCGCCUCGCGCACGAAAUGGGCCUUCAUCUCGAUCCCACCAACUGGGAUGGAUCUACUUCCGAAACGAGCGGUGAUAGGGAAAUUCAGCGCAGAGUCUACUGGGCAGUCUUUACAGCUGAUAAGCAACUCAGCCUCUAUUUCGGGAGACCUCCGGCGCUGUACCCGGGCGAGUCGGACGUGCGGAAUACUAUCCGGCUGCAAUAUCCCCCGGGUUGGCAAGGCCUUCUUGAGACGUACAUUUGCAAAGGAGCAUCGGCAAACGAAUGGGACAAUGGCGUGGCGCUCGUGGGCUCGUUCAUCUACCGAGCUGAACUGGCCAAGAUUAUCCAUCUCAUCAUCACGGAUUUGUUCGAGAACCGGAAAGGAGGAGGCGGAGAUCCUACUAUAAUUGCAACUAAGACGCGAAGGAUCCAUGUGUUGUUGACCAAGUGGCUCGCGGGUAUCCCCAGUUUCCUACAUUGGAAUCAGUGGACGGUUGGCCAGGUGCCUCCGUAUGUUUUACAUCUUCACAUGAUGUUUCACACCAUCAUGAUCAUCCUCCACCGCCCGCCAUCGCACAUGUUUGAGAACCCAGGCAUUGCCGAAGGCGAAGACGUGGAAAUUUGCUACGAGUCUUUGCAGGCGAUUCUACGUCUAAUGCGAAGCUACUCUCGCUACUACCGUUACCGGUCACUCCCACUGGACUUUGUGCACACGCUCUCUACGGCCGCAAGCACGGUCAUGAUGAAACGCUUCCUCCAAAAGGCAUCGUGGAGCGAUCCGGACAUUGAACGUGCGCUGUCACUCAUCAUGCAAGCCAUGGACGAGAUACAGAACACCUGGCCUUGCGUGCGGGAGAUUCGGGACGUGCUCCUCCAGGCGCAGCAGACGCAGACGGCAAUGCCACCCGAGGAUCCUCUCAAUGUGCCGGAUCUUAUGAAUGGACUACAAGUAAACAACGAUAAUUUCCUGGAGAACUUGGGAGACGAUCUUGGCACUCUUAUUACAGACGAGUUCUUGAGUGCCCAGCUUCCCAUCGUGGGGCCUGGGCUUGAGCCGUUUGAUUUCAACCAGAUGCCAGGGCCAGGGCCGUCUUGA